GUCAGUCGAACUAUUUGUCCCCAAGUCAAAAGGCUUCCCACCGUUAAAAUGGUCCUGUCUUCAUCCUGGAGAACGCCUGACCUGUUCUUGUCAAGAAAUUGUCAAUUCGCAAUUGCGAGGACUUAUAUGGGCCGACAAUUUUGCAUUGAACAUCCUCUGUCAUUCGUUGACAACAUUUCAAGAUGUCCACCGCGUCUACAUGGACUGCCUAGAAGGGUACUCGCAGACCAGAGACAAGGUGAAGGCACAACGAAACCUCCUGUUCGGAAUGAAGGAGGUAUGUGAAUGUGACAGGCGAUUGAAGCGACGACCCAUUCGAGAGGAUUGGGACAGUUCGGACGAUGAUACUACCAUGGAGGAUGCCCUCAUUCCAGCAGGCACGCCUCCAUACAGCGUUUCCAGCGAUGCCGGUCUUUCUCUGUCGUCCCGUUACAAGACACUGCCGACAAGCACAAAAUCAGUCUCAAUGAAUGGUGUAUUCCGACUACCUCCUCUUAUACUCAAGCUCGAUCCGAGCCAAGGCCAACUCAACGAUACUGCGAGAGCCUAUAUCAAUAACAACAUUAGAAAAGUCCUUCGCCAGCGAGUGAAGCCAGUCUCUCCCAGGCAAAAGCGCUUCAACCUCGGCUACGUUUAUAUCAUGGCAACAGACUGCAGCCCCGGCUUUGUCAAGAUUGGAAGCAGCAAGGAAAAUCCCUAUGUCCGCAGGAAGCAGCUAGAGGAGUGCUUUCAAGGUAUCCAUGUGCUGGCAAAUACGAAGCGGCCUAUUCCGCAUGCACAGAAAGUCGAGAAACUCGUUCAUGCAGAACUGCUAAGUCACAGUCGCUGGAUUGAUUGCAGCAGAUGCGGCAAGGAGCAUAGAGAAUGGUUCGAGAUCUCGGCAGAGCUGGCGGAACAAGUCGUUUUCCGCUGGUCGGCGUGGAUGGCGUCUAGUCCUUGCGACCCAGACGGCAAUCUCAAUGACAUCUGGUCAAACCGCCUGCAGGAUAGAUUCAUUGCGAAGCUUGUGCCCGCAGUCGACCAUAUUCACAGCAGCGACUCGUGGCAAACGUGGACAGACACUCGUCGCCCAGAUGGGGCCUCGGAUUUUUCGAGUCUGGUAUCUAUCAUCCGUCAUGAAAGAGACAAUUUCUCGCCGUGGGACUGA